AUCCAAUAAACCAUGGAGAAAGCGAAAGUUCAAUUAUUUACAAGAAAAGAACUUGUUCAAAAACCAGGACUUAUUAGAAAGCUCUUGAAUUGGGUUAGUUCUAAUGAUAAAGCAGAUGAGAAACAAAUGGUAUUUGCAGAGGAGCUUUUCGUUGAUAGUAUCGGAAAAUUCCUUAAUCUUGACAUCCAUAAGAAAUAUGAUACAGAAGCAUAUACAGUAGAAGAUCCAUUUGGAACUUAUCCUUGCAUGACUAUUCAUAAUUCAUUCAUUGCAAGAGAGUAUAUAAUCCAAUAUUUCAAGCAAGUAACCAAUAUUAACGAUUGGCUUUCAGUCCCUCAACUCAGAACUUGUGAAUGGUAUGAGCAAAUUGUGAUGACUAAGCUAAACCUUGUGACCAGGACUCUAAUGUUCAACCAACAUGAAAAAUUUGCUUUUUCCUUGAUGAAAUACAUCUAUAGCCCAAUAAGAUCCUACAUGAAGUACUCACAACUCAAAAGAUUCAUGAACUGCUGUAGUACAACAAUCGGAUGCUCUGCUACCAUGAGUGAUAAGAACAACAUGCAAUGUUAUGAUAUUGCCAGAGAUAUCUACGAGAAACUCAACACCAAGCUAGAGAAUAAUGAUUAUUUCUUCCAAAAAGACGAUGAACUGACCAAGCAAGUUUCGUCCUUAGACCUUGUUGUAUACUGAUAUCUUAAAGAACAACUAGUAAAUAUCCCAAAAUCAGAGAUUGUGGGUAUGCUUAAGAACAAAUUCCCAAAUCUAGUAAAAUUUGUUAAGAGGAUGGAGAAAGGACUUAAAACCCCUGAGAAAGCAUCUCACCUAAGAACUCAAGGGCUAGGAUACAAGAAAAAUUUCAAAGAGUGCCAAGCAACGGUAAAAGAUUUCUUCCAGCCAAGUGAAUAUACAAGCAAGGAUAGCCAGUUAACUAUGUUUGAGGAUAAAUCACAAGCUUCGAAAGUCAAUACAAGAAAGCUCUGUGUUUUAUUCAUGAGUUGAGCUUUUAUGCUCCAUCUCAGAUUUGGUAGAACAGAAAUGAAUCCUCAAUAAAACCAACAAUGCAUUUAAAUAGAUUCUUUCAAAAUA